GCACAGAAAUCAUGGAUAGAAAGAGCAUUUUACAAGAGAGAAUGUGUUCAUAUCAUACCCAGCACCAAAGACCCCCAUAGGUGUUGCUGUGGGCGUCUAAUAGGUCAACAUGUUGGACUGACUCCAAGCAUCUCCGUUAUUCAGAAUGAGAAAAAUGAAAGCAGGCUUACUCGCAAUGACAUCCAGUCUGAGAAGUGGUCCAUCAGCAAGCACACGCAGCUCAGCCCGACGGACGCUUUUGGAACCAUUGAGUUCCAAGGAGGAGGCCACUCCAAUAAAGCCAUGAAUUCAAAAAAGUAUCAUCUGCCCUGUCACGGGCUUUGUGAAACCCUUCAUACAUCAGCAACAGAAAGAGCAGGAGAAAGAGCCCAGAGAGAAAGGCUUGUCAGGAAGAGACAGUAUGUACGUGUGUCUUUUGACACAAAGCCUGACCUUCUUCUGCAUCUGAUGACCAAAGAGUGGCAGCUCGAGCUCCCUAAACUUCUCAUCUCUGUGCACGGGGGCCUUCAGAAUUUUGAACUUCAGCCAAAACUCAAGCAAGUCUUUGGAAAAGGCCUCAUUAAGGCUGCUAUGACAACUGGAGCAUGGAUAUUCACUGGAGGAGUAAACACAGGAGUCAUUCGGCAUGUUGGAGAUGCACUGAAAGAUCAUGCCUCAAAAUCUCGAGGGAAGAUCUGCACCAUCGGUAUAGCUCCCUGGGGGAUUGUGGAAAAUCAAGAGGAUCUGAUUGGCAAAGAU